GUCUCUCCCGCCAAUUGCCAGGCGCCAUCGGGCAGAUCCUUUUUCCCUGAUCCGCAAACCAUGAGCGUGUCGUCGUCCUCCAAUCAGAGCGGCUCAUCCUCAGGGACUACUUUGCAAUAGGCGAAUUGCGCAGUGAGAGGAACGUGAGACAACCCUCUGGUCUCGGGAAGUGUAGUUCAAUACUUGAAGGAAACGCUUUGGCGAUUGCCUCAGAACCGGGGCAAUGUAAACUACAAUUCCCAGAGAGCACCGAGUCGCGAGCGGAGCCUUUUUUCGCUAACACCGCUCUCCUUCUCCUAGUCAGUUCCGCGGUAGAGGUGACCUAACGCUCUGAGGCUCUGAGGCUCAUUUUGUAGGCGUUGAAAUUGUCCUCGCAGUUUUCAGUCAUGUCUGAACCAAUCAGAGUCCUUGUGACUGGAGCGGCUGGUCAGAUUGCAUAUUCACUGCUGUACAGUAUUGGAAAUGGAUCUGUCUUUGGUAAAGACCAGCCUAUAAUUCUUGUGCUGUUGGAUAUCACCCCCAUGAUGGGUGUCCUGGACGGUGUCCUAAUGGAACUUCAAGACUGUGCCCUUCCCCUCCUGAAAGAUGUCAUCGCAACAGAUAAAGAAGAGGUUGCCUUCAAAGACCUGGAUGUGGCCAUUCUUGUAGGCUCCAUGCCAAGAAGGGAGGGCAUGGAGAGAAAAGAUUUACUGAAAGCAAACGUGAAAAUCUUCAAAUCCCAGGGUGCGGCCUUGGAUAAAUACGCAAAGAAGUCAGUUAAGGUUAUUGUUGUGGGUAAUCCAGCCAAUACCAACUGCCUGACUGCCUCCAAGUCAGCUCCAUCCAUCCCCAAGGAGAACUUCAGUUGUUUGACCCGUUUGGAUCACAACCGAGCUAAAGCUCAAACUGUGCAGCAGCGUGGCGCUGCUGUCAUCAAGGCUCGAAAACUAUCCAGUGCAAUGUCUGCUGCAAAAGCCAUCUGUGACCACGUCAGGGACAUCUGGUUUGGAACCCCAGAGGGAGAGUUUGUGUCCAUGGGUGUUAUCUCUGAUGGCAACUCCUAUGGUGUUCCUGAUGAUCUGCUCUACUCAUUCCCUGUUGUAAUCAAGAAUAAGACCUGGAAGUUCGUUGAAGGUCUCCCUAUUAAUGAUUUCUCACGUGAGAAGAUGGAUCUUACUGCAAAGGAACUGACAGAAGAAAAAGAAACUGCUUUUGAAUUUCUUUCCUCUGCCUGACUAGACAAUAAUGUUACGAAACGCCUCAAAGCUGAAGAAUCUAAAUGUCGUCUUUGACUCAAGUACCAAAUGAUAAUAAUGCUAUACUUAAAUUACUUGUGAAAAACAACACAUUUUAAAAAUUAUGUGCCUCUUGGUACAGGUUUGUGAAUGACAGUUUAUCAUCAUGCUGUUAGUGUGCAUUCUAAAUAAAUAUAUAUUCGAAUGAAA